AAGAACUGAAGAAGGAAGAAAGAAGAUAAACGCAGAUAAAAACAAGAACAAAGCGUGGCUCAAUCUUCUCUUUUUGCCCCUUCUCGGCGACCCAGUGAAAGAUAAAGUGCUUAAGCUCAUUAUCCAGCUUUGUGCAUUCUACUCUUUUCUUUUUCUUUUUCUUUUCCUGAGAAUGGAGAAAUUGUGGGUACAGAAGAAGUUGAUAUCUUAUUGUUAUUGAACGAGGUAGAAGAAGAACUGAAGCAUAGAAGGGUAAAGGCAUAGACCAAGUUUGAUUGCUUGGUAAUUGGUUGUGUUUUUUUGCAUAAAGAAGAAGACCCAUUUGAUUCUUGAAGUAACUGGAAGCCUAGGCUUCCGAUCUAGUUGGUUUAUCCCACAAUGGCUGGGUCUGUAAGUUUAGGUGUUGGAUCUCUAGUUUGGAUAGAGGAUCCUGAAGUAGCUUGGACAGAUGGAGAAGUUGUGGAGGUCUGUGGAGAUGUUGUUAAAGUUCUUUGCACUUCGGGGAAGACGGUUAUGGUUAAGGCUUCCACUGCCUAUCCCAAAGAUGCUGAAGCACCACCAUGUGGAGUGGAUGAUAUGACAACGUUGGCAUAUUUGCAUGAACCAGGGCUUCUACAGAAUCUAAAAUCUAGAUAUGACAUCAAUGAAAUAUAUACUUACACAGGUAACAUAUUGAUUGCUGUAAACCCCUUUAGGAAGCUACCCCAUCUAUAUGAUAGCCAUAUGAUGGCCCAAUACAAAGGGGCUGCUUUGGGUGAACUGAGCCCCCAUCCAUUUGCUGUUGCUGAUGUAGCAUACAGGCAAAUGAUCAAUGAAGGUAUAAGUCAAUCAAUUUUGGUUAGUGGUGAGAGUGGCGCAGGUAAAACAGAAAGCACAAAAUUGCUUAUGCGUUAUCUUGCGCAUAUGGGUGGGAGGGCAAAAGCUGAAGGGAGGACCGUUGAGCAGAAAGUCCUGGAGUCCAAUCCAGUUUUAGAAGCUUUUGGUAAUGCAAAGACAUUAAGAAAUAACAACUCAAGUCGUUUCGGGAAGUUUGUGGAGAUCCAAUUUGAUCAGAAUGUAAAAAUUUCUGGAGCUGCUGUUAGAACUUACUUGCUUGAAAGAUCACGCGUUUGUCAAGUGUCUGAUCCGGAGAGAAACUAUCACUGUUUUUACAUGCUGUGCUCUGCACCACCAGAGGACAUUAAAAGGUUCAAAGUGGGGAACCCGAGGAUGUUCCAUUAUUUAAAUCAAUCAAAUUGUUACGAGUUAGAUGGGGUGGACGAUUCUGAAGAAUAUUUUGCCACUAGAAGAGCUAUGGAUAUUGUUGGAAUAAGUUCUGAGGAGCAGGAUGGGAUUUUCCGAGUUGUGGCUUCAAUCCUUCAUCUUGGGAACAUUGAUUUUGCAAAAGGAAAAGAAAUGGACUCCUCUUGUCCUAAGGAUGACAAAUCUCAGUUCCAUCUCGAGACGGCUGCUGAGCUGUUAAUGUGUGAUCCAAAGGCAUUAGAGGAUUCGCUUUGCAAACGUGAGAUCGUAACUCGUGAUGAAACUAUCACAAAAUGGCUAGAUCCUCAAUCGGCAGUUGUCAGUAGAGAUGCAUUGGCAAAAGUUAUAUACUCAAGAUUAUUCGACUGGCUCGUCAAUAAGAUUAAUAGUUCAAUUGGUCAAGAUCCGAACUCAAAGUUCCUCAUUGGAGUACUCGACAUUUAUGGAUUCGAGAGUUUCAAGACAAACAGUUUUGAACAAUUCUGUAUUAAUUUAACAAAUGAAAAACUUCAGCAACAUUUCAAUCAGCAUGUUUUCAAGAUGGAACAAGAAGAGUAUACAAAGGAAAAAAUUAACUGGAGCUACAUUGAGUUCAUUGAUAAUCAAGAUGUUCUGGAUCUCAUUGAAAAGAAACCCGGUGGCAUAAUAGCUCUCUUAGACGAAGCUUGUAUGUUCCCCAGAUCAACGCAUGAAACAUUUGCUCAAAAGAUGUAUCAGACAUAUAAAAACAAUAAACGCUUCAGUAAACCGAAGCUAUCACGUACUGAUUUCACCAUUUGCCAUUAUGCUGGUGAUGUCACGUACCAAACUGAGCUUUUCCUUGACAAGAACAAAGAUUUUGUGAUAGCUGAACAUCAAGAUCUUCUAUGUGCUUCUCAAUGUCACUUUGUGGCUGGUUUAUUCCCACCUUCAGCAGAUACUUCUAAGCAAUCAAAGUUUUCCUCAAUUGGUGCAAGCUUCAAGCAACAAUUGAUGGCACUGCUCGAAACCUUGAGUUCAACAGAGCCUCACUAUAUUCGAUGUGUAAAGCCUAAUAACCUUCUCAAGCCAUCUAUUUUUGAGAAUCAAAAUGUGUUGCAACAACUUAGGUGUGGGGGUGUCAUGGAGGCCAUUAGGAUUAGUUGUGCCGGAUAUCCUACAAGAAGAACAUUCCUUGAGUUUGUAGACCGUUUUAGCAUGCUUGCCCCUGAAGCUCUGGAUGGAAGUCCUGAUGAAAUUGCUGCAUGCAAAAAGAUCUUGGAGAAGGUGGGACUUCAAGGUUAUCAGAUUGGUAAAACUAAGGUUUUCCUUAGGGCUGGACAAAUGGCAGAUUUAGAUGCCCGAAGAACUGAUGUUUUGGGAAAAUCAGCCAGCAUUAUUCAGCGAAAAGUUCUUUCAUAUAUGGCGAGGAAGAGAUACAUGGCUCUGUCUUUAUCUGCAAUUUGUAUUCAGUCUGUCUGCAGAGGAGAACUUGCUCGACAAACAUACAGUGACAUGAGAAGAGAAGUUUCUUCUGUGAUAAUUCAGAAAAAUUUACGCAUGCAUGUUGCAAGAAAAGCUUACCAAAAACUCUGCAGUUCUGCUGUUUCUAUUCAGGUUGGUAUGUGUGGAAUGGCUGCACGUAAUGAACUCUUACUCCGAAGGCAAACAAAAGCAGCAACAAUUAUUCAGAAACAUUGUCAGAAGCACUUGGCUAGAUUGAAGUAUACAAUGUUAAAGAAAUCUGCAAUUGCAACACAAUGUGCCUGGAGAGGAAGAGUUGCCCGUAAAGAGCUGCGGAAGCUCAAAAUGGAGGCAAGAGAGACGGGUGCUCUCCAAGCUGCCAAGAAUAAGCUGGAGAAGCAAGUAGAAGACCUAACAUGGCGGUUACAGCUAGAGAAGCGCAUGAGAGCUGACAUAGAAGAAGCUAAAACACAAGAAAGUGUGAAACUGCAAUCUGCUUUGGAAGAUAUGCAACUUAAAUUCAAAGAAACUAGAGAAUUGCUCAUGAAGGAACGUGACAUGGCAAAAAAUGUAAUAGAGCAAGUCCCAGUCAUUCAGGAGGUUCUUGUAAUCGAUCAUGCAGCAAUGGACAAAUUGGCUUCUGAGAAUGAGAAACUCAAUGCUCUUGUUAGUUCUUUGGAACAGAAAAUCGGUGAAACUGAGAAAAAAUAUGAAGAGGCAAACAAACUUAGUGAGGAGAGACUGAAGCAGGCUUUGGAUGCUGAAACAAAGAUAAUUCAGCUGAAGACUUCUAUGCAGAGCCUUCAAGAAAAGAUUUCUGACAUGGAAUCUGAUAAAGAAAUUCUCCUGCAUGAAGUCUUGGUAGAUACACCUGAUGAGAGGGAACCACGAACGCUCCUUUCUAUGAUUUCAGAGAAUGGUCAUGCAACUGACGACAUAGAGGAACUUCAUUUAACACCUUGUAAAAAGUUAGAAACAGAAACUGAGAGCAAUUUCAGUAGAUCCAUUGUUGAUAGGAAACAUGAGAAUGUUGAUUCUCUUAUCAACUGUGUCAUAAAGAAUGUAGGCUUUAGUGAGGGAAAGCCUGUUGGUGCAUUUACCAUAUACAAAUGUCUUCUCCACUGGAAGUCUCUUGAGGCUGAAAAGACAAGUGUGUUUGAUCGUCUCAUUCAAAUGAUUGGAUCUGCUAUUGAGAAUCAGGAUGAUAAUGAUCUCAUGGCAUAUUGGCUGUCAAAUACUUCAACGUUGUUGUUCUUGCUCCAGAAGAGCUUAAAUUCUGGUGGUGCAACCCCACAUAAGAAGCCACCAAAUCCGACAUCACUUUUUGGAAGAAUGACUAUGGGGUUCCGCUCGUCUCCUCAAUUGGCAAAUCUUGCAUCCAUAGUACGUCGAGUGGAAGCUAAAUACCCAGCUUUUCUCUUCGAGCAACAGCUUAUAGCAUAUGUGGAGAAAACAUAUGGCAUCAUUCGAGACAACUUGAAGAAGGAACUGGCCUCACUGCUUUCCUUGUGUGUUCAGGCUCCAAAAACAGCAAAAGGAAAUUUGUUAAAAUUGGGAAGGCCUUCUGUUAAAGCAUCAAAUCAUUGGCAGACUGUUAUCGAGAGUCUCAACAAAAUUCUCAGUGUGUUAAAAGAGAACUCGGUUCCUCCAGUCCUUAUCCAAAAGAUCUUUACACAGGCUUUCUCAUUUAUAAAUGUUCAACUUUUUAACAGCCUUCUUUUGCGUCGAGAGUGUUGUACUUUUGACAAUGGGGAAUAUGUGAAAGCUGGGUUGGCUGAGUUAGAGCUAUGGUGCUUCCAGGAAAAAGAAGAGUAUUUCUGCUCUGCUUGGGACGAACUCAAGCAUAUAAGACAAUCCGUUGGAUUCUUGGUCAUACAUCAGAAAUAUAGGAUUUCGUACGACGAAAUUACCAAUGACCUUUGCCCUAUUUUGAGUGUCCAGCAGCUGUACCGGAUUUGUACUUUGUACUGGGACGACAAUUACAACACUAGAAGUGUAUCUCAACCUGUGAUUUCGAGUAUGAGAAUAUUAAUGACAGAAGAUUCAAACGAUGCUGAAAGUAAUUCCUUUUUGUUGGACGACAACUCCAGCAUUCCCUUCUCGGCUGAUGAUCUGUCCACUUCGUUGAAAGAACAAGAUUUCUCGGAAAUGAGACCUGCAGCCGAGCUUCUUGAGAAUCCGGCCUUCCAAUUUUUAGAGGAAUGAGGCGGAGGAAAAUUCAAGCAAUGCUUUGAUUCGAGAUUAAAAAGAUGCUUUAAUAUAUAGUGUAAAUCGCAACUGAGUAUUGGCAUAUCGAGUCUUUUGCGCUAUGCCCCCGGGCCAAGUGUAAAUUCAACAUUUAUUUUGUUUAAUAGAGGUAGCAGUAGGGUUUCCCAGUUGAUGUAUUCUUUUGUUCUUUUUCUUAAGGUUAUUUGUGAUUUUUUAAUCUCUUUUUCUUUCUGAAUUUAGAAGAAAGGCUGAGUACGGAUAAGUGAAUCAAAUUACUUGUGGAAGCAAUAAGUUGUGACCUCAAAUAGCUUUUAAUAUUCUUAGUCUUUCUGUAAAUAUGUAGAUUGAGCUUCAAUGCUUGAUUAUGAAAAUUUAUUAUUUUUUUAAGCUAUCUAUUUCAUUUCUUUC